CGGUACAGUGUGGCUGCGUAUUGAAACGGCGACUGUGAGGGCCGCUCGCGUCCAGAGUGUCUCUCAGUCCUGGAGCAGCACCGCGCACCGCCGCCGCUGCGAGUACCAAGAUGGCAGAAGGGAACAGACAUCACCCUCAUAAUUUACAGGGAGUUCUGCAGAUGGCUGUUGAAGCUGGCUCCGCCUCGGAUGACCCCACACCACCCGAGCCGAUGUCACAGGAGAGGAUGGCGUUCCUGCAGGGGGCGCUGGCAGAGGUGUGUAAUAGCCGGAUGGAUGAGGUGGAGCAGAUGAAGAAGUGCGUGGCUGUGCUCCUCCGGGACGAGGGGUACAGCGAGAGAGGGAGUGAGGAUGAUGAGGAGGAUGAGCAGGAGGCGGCACUCGAGCUACUGUCAGACCUCUGUGAGAAUCUGGACAACGCAAGAGACCUGAUGAAGCUGCAUGGUCUGGACGUGUGUGUGUCGCGGUGUCUGUGCCACCCUGAUGCUGGCAUUCGUUGGCGGGCGGCUCAGCUUGUUGCCAGCUGUGCUCAGAACAUGCCGGAGGUUCAGAUCUACCUACUGAACCAGGGGGCACUUAACACACUGCUGCAGCUCACAGACCACGACCCGCACCUCCCUGUGCGUGUCAAGGCUCUCUACGCUGUCUCCUGCUUGGUGCGGGAGCAGGACGAGGGUCUGCGUGGCUUCCUGUGCAACGAUGGCUUCUCAGUGCUGAUGAGGGGGAUGCAGUCAGACUGUGAGAAACUGAGAACCAAGUCAGCGUUCCUGCUGCUCAACUUACUCACCAGCCACCCUGAGCACAAAGACGUGGUUCUGUCUAUGGGGAUGGUGCAGCAGUUGGUGGCAGUACUGCGCUCCCCACACUCCUCCGUGCACGAACAUGUGCUUGGCGUCCUCUGCUGUUUGGUGGAGGGGUGUGAUCGUGCUGUGAGGGACUGUGUGGAGCCGUCUCUAGGUCUGGAGCAGCUGCUUUCUCACAAAGCCCAGGAGCUUCAGGGCCAGGAAGAGAACCUGGAGGAGCUGGACUUUUGCGAGCGGCUGCGGGCGGUGUGUUUGCGAGCCCGGGUGCAGGAGGAGAACGCGAUGGAUCGCUGAGGCCUCAUGGAAGGUGGAGAGCGUUCGCUGCUCAGCAGUGACGGGCUGGGGUGCCAGGACGGCUCACUCCGGGAUUUCUCUGGGAUUUCUCAAGGUGGAAAAGUGAAGGGAUGGAGAGGAACUCAUCACACAAAUGGUCUGCUUGCUUAGCAGAUCUGAUGAGCAUAAGAUGGAUUUUGUGUGUAAAUAUUAUACGUGUUUUUGAGAUAAUCAUGUCACCAUUGUGACACGUCAAUCUGAGGACAUGGUAAACCUAACUGGGGAAAGAAAAUCUUUAUUGUGUGUUAUUUUUAAACAAAUUGUCUGAAUUGUCUGGGGUGUGGUUAAAAGAGGAGCAGACAACCCCCUAGCAGCAAAAAGAAGGUCAUGUGUGAACAAAGUAUGUUGUUAUAUGACAAACAAUAAGAGUAAAAUAAAGGAAAACUUUUUGAUGUACAAAAUA